CUCAAGUCUCGUGACAUGUAUUUCAGUGAGCUUUGAUAUUGGAGGCCAUGGCCUGCCGCAUCCUUGGAGCACUUAGUGUACUUUGGAUUACUUUUGCCAAAGAGCAGGAGAUUGCCUGUGCUGAUGGAAAGGAUUGCUCGCACUCCCAUAGACGCUUGCAGCAGUCUGAUCCCUGGUUCCGGAUUGGCUUCGACGACAUGCAAUGUUAUGCUCCUGGAGGUAUGGACAUCCGAACUGCGGAAACACAUUUGGACUGCCGAGCGGAAGCUGAAAAGGUGGGCUGGGAGUUUUAUCAGUACAAUGCAAACACAAAGGAGUGCUGUCUCACGGACAAUUGCGACAAGAACUUGAUGGUGGAAGCGAGCGGCUGGCAAAGCUGGGGAAAAAAUUGGUGCGUAAGAUGCGAUGAAUCCAUCUGGGUGCCGAAACGCAAGCUGAAAAGCUGCUGCGAGGCACGCUGCUGGCAACAUUACUGGUGGACACCGUGGGGAGCCACUGUCGAUUGUGGAGGAGGCAAUCUGACAAUCACGGCAGCUCAAGCUGCAGAGCAAGCCAAAGAGGCCUAGGAAGAGGCAGGUAGGUGAAGCAAAAUCCUUCUGAAUAUAUACAUGUCUCUUUGCUCGUUUUGAGUUGACCAAAACGUUCUUUGCGUGCCACUGACCAGUGAUCGUAAUUUGUGUACUGAUGACUGCCGCACAUUGGCUGCUCUGUGAAGCAUAGCUCGGCAACAGGCCCUGGAAUUCUUACAGUUGACGCUUGCACAGAGAUGCCCAAAAAGACUGCGCUGGGCAAUUACGCAACAUGUACACACUGCAAUCUCUUUGACUUAUAUAAAUCACAUGGUGUAAGCACUCGGA